GCCGCGUUUUCACCGAUUUCUAUCUGUCCUGUCUUCGCUUUGUGGAUUUGGAUUUUUGGCUGUUUUCCGCCCGACAAAAAACUAUAUAAUAUAUAUAGGCUAUUCCACAAAUAAAAACCGAACCCAAACGUUACUAAAACAUAUACUACACAAUUAACAGGAAAAUGUCACAUAAAAGUUAUCAUAGUGCUAAAGUCGCAGAAAUACCCCAAGAUCCCUGAGCAAAAAAACCGCGCAAAUAUUGUAUUCUUCGAAUAGAAGAGGAACUUGUGAACUAAAACUAUAAAAAAAAACAGCCAGUGCAAAAAAUAAACGGGAAGAAUUUUUUUUGGUGUCCCUUUUUUUGGUGGUUUUUUUUUCCCCGUUUUCCCCCAAUUGACGCAAUAAGUGCGCAACAACACUUGUGAGCAGGCGGAAACGGGAUAGAAAUGAUAUAGCCGACUGGAAUCUAACUGAAUUGGAUUACAAUUAAUUGAAUAGACGGAUACAAACACAUAAAACCGCUGUUCAAAGAGACAGACGAAAACUCAGGAACUAAGAUAUAGAAAUCCCAGACACAGACACAAAAUGGCUCUACAACCGUUGCUCGACUGCCGUAGUCUUGAAUUGAUAGACGAAUACUUCCACUUCACCUUCCCAAUGGAGGGCGACCUGCUGUACGACGAUGUUGAAAAUGUGGCCAGUAUCCAAAGUGAUCUGGAGAAGAUCGAUUUUGAUGCAAGCUUCGUGGACUAUGGUAUCGGGGAGGACAUGAAGCCGGAGAUUCGCAAUGGCGAUUGCAUGUGGUCGGCGAAUGCCAACGGCUUGAAUACCAUGAGCAGUGCGAUUGGAACCGGGAGCAACAGCGCAGCAUCGUCGUACAGUGAAACCAGUGCCAUAUCCCUGGCCGUGGUUUCCGGCUCCACGAAUCCCUACUCCUUAUAUCAGCGAUCGCAGACUACAGAUAAUACAAGUAGCAUCCAAUCACAACAGCAGGGAAGCAAUCCCGGGGAUUUGCCAGUGAUCAUCAAGAAGGAAUUGGUGGAUAUGGACUAUACGAUCAGUCAGAAGCGCCGGCGUUUGAGUGGUGGCGACAAGAAGUCGCAGAUCCAGGAUGAGGACCAGUUGAUACCUCCCGGCGGAAGUCUCCUGCGAAAGAGGAACCCAAUAACGUUGCCCAAUCUCAUGGCGUUCCGCAAGGUGGGCGAGGUGAAGAGCAGCAAAUACCUGAGACCCGAUACACCACACAGUCUUACCGAUGAGGUGGUCGCCCCGGAGUUCAGACACAACGUGGACCUAAGGGCCUGCGUGAUGGGCAGCAACAAUAUCUCGCUGACCAGCGACGAUGGCGAUGUCAACUGCAUCAAUCUAAUAAGCAGGGAUCUUCAGAAUGCCAGCAAGGAUCCAAUUGCCUAUCGCUUCCCCAUCCCAACGAUAAACGAAGUCCUCGAUGUGCUCAAUCAGCAGGUCAGCCAAGCGCAGAUUGACGAACAGCAGCAGGCCAUCGAUAUAGCCACUGGAUGCAGUACAGUGGACUCUCCGCCGACGACCGGUUCGGACAGCGACUCCGAUGAUGGAGAUUCCCUUAACUAUGGACUGCGGCAUCAUCGAAGCAGCAAGGGCAGCAGCAACAACAACAGCAGCAGCAACAGCAACAGCAACAACGCCACCAACAACGGGAUGCUGCACAUGCUGCACAUCAGCGAUCACAGCUACACACGUUGCAACGAUAUGGUGGACGAUGGACCCAAUCUCGAGACCCCCUCUGAUUCCGAUGAGGAAAUCGAUGUGGUAUCGUAUACGGACAAGAAGCUGCCCACGAAUCCCUCGUGCCACGUGAUGGGUGCUCUGCAGACCAAGAUGGCCCACAAGAUAUCGAUUGAUCACAUGAAGCAGAAGCCGCGCUACAACAACAACUUCAAUCUACCGUACACGCCGGCCAGCAGCAGUCCAGUGAAGUCGGUGGCCAACUCUCGCUAUCCAUCGCCAUCGAGCACACCAUACCAGAACUGCUCCUCCGCCUCGCCAUCCUACUCGCCGCUAUCCGUGGACUCGUCGAAUGUCAGCUCGAGCUCCAGUUCCAGCUCGCAGUCCAGCUUCAGCUCAAUUUCGGGCAACAAGGGACGCAAGCGAUCCUGCCUGAAGGCACCGGGUGGUGGCAUCACCUCCAGCAUGCUCAUGCCGGGCACCAACGGUGUGGCCCAUGGCAUCACGACGAGCAAAAAGUGUCGCGGCAAGAAGGUGGUGGUGAGCAGCAGCUCCUCGGCAUCCUCGUCGGGCAGCAUAUCGCCGGUUUCGGCGGUUGGCCAGGAUGUGGAUGCCAUGGAUUGCAACUGGCAGCGACGCAGUGCCGCACCCAGCAUGGCCCCCAGUUGCACCAGUGUCCUCCGGAAGGAGUACAGCCUGGGCCUGGACGAGGCCGAUACGAUCGAGAAGCGCAAUCAGCACAACGACAUGGAGCGCCAGCGUCGCAUUGGCUUGAAGAACCUCUUCGAGGCUCUGAAGAAACAGAUCCCCACCAUCAGGGACAAGGAGCGGGCUCCCAAGGUUAAUAUUCUGCGCGAGGCGGCCAAACUGUGCACCCAGCUGACCCAGGAGGAGCAUGAGCUCAGUGUGCAGCGCCAGCUGCUGAGUGUGAAACUCAAGCAGCAGCAGGAGAUCUUGGCCCGCUAUAGGAUGGUCAAGAGCGAACCGCACUCGGUCAGUGGAUAGUGUUGUCUAGUACUAUCUGCUUAAAGCGGCGGCGUAGCGCUAGGAAUCCAACAUCAGCCCCCUUUCCUCCCCCUAUAAAUAUUUUUUUUUUCAUAGAUAUAGAUGAACACCAUCCUAUUUUUUGCGAUUUUUCAAUUCAAUACUUUCUUGACCUUAAGCUAGCUACACAUAUAUAGAUAUGAUUUUUUUUUUGUGGAGAACUUCAAUAUCAGUUAGUAGGUUAUGUUUAAAGAUUUGCUUACUUUGUUGUACCAUUCGAGAGAAGAGGAGAGAUAGGAGGUACAAGUGAUUUAACAAAUUUGAUUUCUUUAAUGUGAUAUAUAUAUGAUUUUCUUUCCGCUCGAUUUCAUUUGGCAAGGAAGUUAUCGAAAACGGUGUUAUGGAAUCAAGUUGAAUUGUUUUUUUUUUCGCUGCAUAUAUUACAAUCUAGACGUAGGAUUAGGCUUAGCUAGCGUUUAGGUCUCUGUAUAUAACAUAUGAUAUAGGUUCUAUGAUAGUUAUUUUUUUGAAUUAGCCACUUAACCAUGAAGUAAACAAAAAGGAAAACGAUAAAAAAAAUGUAAGGACAAAGAACCAAACAAUGAAAAGUGAAAGUGAAAGUGAAGAGACAGAUAGAGAGAGAGAGGAGAAACACAAACAAACGAAAAGGGAAACACAAAAAGAAAACAAAAACGGAUACGGAAACGGAAAACAGACAAAAGUUACAACGAAAGAGCCACAAAGAGGAGAUAGAUAGAGCACAGAAAAAUCGGAAGUGAGAAUGAUGAGAUAUAUAUAGGAAUUAUUAUAGCUGAAAGUAGAACUUUUGGUUGACACCCCCUAAAAACAAAAACAAAAAGAGCCGGCUUCAAAUGGUUCCAAACUUCUUGACGAAGCAAUGCGGAACACCAUAUUUCGACCUUGGUUCGAUAGUUCACCUAGACUUACCUCUUAAACUAUGGGAAUAUCUUUUUACAUGCGCUUUUGGGUUCUGUGUCUUUUAAGACGCAUCCUUGGAGCAGAAGAGAAUCCCAACUGUAUCUGCAUGCAUACACACACACCUCAAUGCUUUUGCUUAGACCCCCGACAUAACCCAUAUAUAUAACAAUAUAUAUAUAAAUCUGUUAGACGACGACGCGAAGAUGAAAGUGAAAAAGCUUUUUAUAUACACCCCAAAAAUAAACACUCUACUGCCUAUAUUGAGAAAUACAUUUUAUUUGCAAUGAAGAUUCAAAUAUGAAAAUAUUAUAUACCUUUUUACAAUCAUAUUAUCUUUUCUAUAUAUAUUUUUUUUGCUACACUUAGGGAUAUAAAUAUAUAGUUUUUAACUGAUAACUAUGCAUAUGAAAUGCGCAAAACUUAACGAAAACAAAAAGGAAUCAAGAAAAACUUUAAACUAUUUAAUAGUGCUAAACUAAACCUAAACGAAAACCUCUCGAGAAUAGCUGAUAUAUAUAUAUAGGAAGAGAGAGAGAGAGAGAGAGGGCGAAAGAGUGGAGAAAUUGGCUGCAAAGUUUGUGAUUGGAGUUACGAGAGUCCCAGAGAGAUAUAUACACCCACGAACCCAAGACCCAAGAGAACUCAAACUUUUGUGAGCUGUUUAACUGUCGAUUUUUUGCUAAUAAGUUAUUGCCUCUCGGCAAUAUGUUAUAUAUGAUUAACGAUUAUACCAAUUGUUUACACGCAUCUAAAUAUCAACUAAAACUAAAAACUAAACUACUAAACUAAAGGACAUAGAGCGAAAUGCGAAUGAAGUAAAAAGCGCAUGAGAGAAAAAUGUAGGAAGCACGAACGCGAUUCUAAGGAAAUGUCAACUGUUAUUUAGGUUUAGACACAAAAAAAAAACACGCAUGAUAUAUAUGGAUAUAUGAUAUAUGAUGACCAGAAAUUGAAUGAGAUCGGGGGAGGUUAUUUAGGUAUGUUAUAUAUAACGCGUAAAUUUCUAUAUAGUAUAGGGCGACGUUUCAACGAAAUUUUGUAUGUGAGUUCUAGGCUAAUAGCUACUAUAUCUAUACCCAAAUACAUAUAUUUCUUAUACUUUCUGUUUACUACUAGCUUUACGUUCGAACCCAUGAAAUAUUUUGUAUCUUAUAUUUUUCUUUUAUUACGCCGCCGCAAAUCUUUUUGGAAAAACAAGCAACUUAACUCUUCUUUAUUUUUUGAAUAAUUAAACUAUACUAAAAAAAAAAUUGUUGAAUGGAAAACAAAAAAAAAAUAUUACAUAUACGUGGACAAACAAUUAAGGAGUAUAUUUUUUGUAUUGUUUCGACCAAAAAAAAUGUGUACACACUGUAAAUAGCAAUCUCGUUAAAUAAUAGUUACACACGCCUACAAAAUAGCGAACCCAAAACCCAAGAGAUGGAAUUAUUUUUAUAGAAAACACAAAAACCCGGAGAGAAAACACAAAGCAAUAGACUUAAGCGAAUUGUACAACGCGAAACGAAAACAAAACUUCAAUAAACCAACAAAUACACACACAAUACA